AUGCCCAAAUUACCCGUCCGUAUACCAUGGGUGACAUAUUCAAAAUGGCGACACCAAUAUGGCGACGUCGUCUAUGCAUAUGCUCUCGGCCGUUCAAUUCUCAUUCUCAACUCUUUCGCUGCAGCUCGUGAUCUCUUAGAAAAGAAGAGCGCGACAUUCUCUGAUAGGCCGUAUUUGCCUGUUUUCAACAUGAUGGGGUGGGAGCUUAAUCUACCAUUUCUUCGUUAUGGCCCACGAUUCAGGAAACAUCACCAAUUCAUGCACCAAUAUUUUGGACCUACAGCAAUUGACAGUCUCAGCCCAAUCCAAGAGAGGGAGACAAGGAAAUUCCUACUCCGCUUGUUGACGGAACCAGAUAUUCUUGUCGCUGGAAUCAACUUAUGUAUCACAUAUGGUCGUGAGGUGCAAUCUGGCCAUGACGAAUUAAUUGAGCUUACAGAGAAUGCGAUGCACUUGUCAACAAGUCUAGGUAACGGCGCUGGAGCUGCUCCCCAAUGCGUUAUAUCUGACUUAUUGGAUGAGUAUGAGGGGAUGAGCGUCGUUGACUACGAACACGAAAAAUAUAUCAAGAGUAUCGGAGCGACUGUUUACAACGCUGGUACACACACAACAAAAGCGACACUUACAGAAUUCUUCUUGAUGAUGACGCUCCACCCGGAGGUUACAAAGAAGGCUCAGGAGGAAAUCGAUAGAAUUGUAGGAACGUAUCGCAUGCCGUCAUUUGAAGACAGAAAGGACUUGCCUUACAUCGAAUGCUUGCUGAAAGAGUUGUAUCGAAUACACCCUCCAGGGCCUUUGGGUAUGCCACAUAUUACGACUCAAACUGAAGAGUAUCGCAGCUGGGUCAUACCAGAUGGAACAAUAGUCAUCUCUAACAUCUGGCAGAUGAUGAGAGACGAAGCAGUGUUCCAGAAGCCAGGCGAAUUCGUGCCCGAGCGAUUCCUAAACAAGACAUUAUCUGGAGAAGAGGAUCCUAGUGUUAUAGUAUUCGGCUUUGGAAGAAGGGUAUGUCCGGGGAAGUACCUCGCCGAUACAACUUUGUGGCUGGCAAUAGUCAGCGUUCUGGCAAUGUUCGACAUUGAGCCGUAUACAAACCCUGCGACGGGAGAGGUCGAGCUCCCGAAAAAUGAAGUCCAGGAGGAACAGCUCAUCUUAGAACUUAAACCCUUCAAAUGCAAGAUUUCUCCACGGAGUGGACGCACAUCGGUGAUACUAUAG